AAUCACAAAUCUAAACCUAAUCUCAUAAACCCUAUUUAUUCACACACAUCACACUUUUCACGUCUCGGCCAUUCAAUCCAAAAAUUAAAUUAAAAAAAGACUCGCACUUCUUUUUUUCUUUCCCCAAUCGUAACCCUAAAAACCCAAAAAGCCCAUCAAAAUGGCGGGAACGUCAGUGGUUCCGGCAAACAGGGGACGGCGGAACACGAUGGUGGACGACGAGAAGCUGGUGUUUGAAACAUCACGAGGGGUAGAACCAAUCAUGAGUUUCGAUCAGAUGGGAAUCAAAGACGAUCUGCUUCGUGGGAUUUAUCAACAUGGGUUUGAAAAACCAUCUGCAAUUCAACAGCGAGCUGUUAGGCCUAUUAUUGAGGGCCGUGACGUCAUUGCUCAGGCUCAAUCUGGUACUGGCAAAACAUCCAUGAUUGCUCUUACUGUCUGCCAGAUUGUUGAUACUUCUUCCAGAGAGGUUCAAGCUUUGAUUUUGUCACCUACAAGAGAGCUUGCAUCUCAGACAGAGAAACAGAUACUGGCUAUUGGUGAUUUUAUUAGCAUCCAAGCCCAUGCCUGCAUUGGUGGAAAAAGUGUCGGGGAGGACAUAAGAAAGUUAGAAAAUGGAGUUCAUGUUGUUUCCGGAACACCUGGCAGAGUAUGUGACAUGAUUAAGAGAAGGACAUUGCGAACUAGAGCCAUCAAAUUACUAAUUCUUGAUGAAUCUGACGAAAUGUUGAGCAGAGGUUUUAAGGAUCAGAUAUAUGAUGUCUAUCGAUACCUUCCACCAGAGCUCCAGGUCUGUUUGGUGUCUGCUACCCUCCCUAAUGAAAUAUUGGAGAUGACCAGCAAAUUUAUGACUGAUCCUGUUCGCAUCCUUGUAAAACGUGAUGAAUUGACUCUUGAGGGAAUAAAACAAUUCUUUGUUGCGGUAGAAAGAGAGAAUUGGAAGUUUGAUACUCUCUGUGAUCUUUAUGAUACUCUUACAAUUACCCAGGCAGUAAUUUUCUGCAACACCAAGCGAAAGGUCGAUUGGUUGACCGAGAAGAUGCGUGAGCACAACUUUACUGUAUCAGCAAUGCAUGGAGAUAUGCCUCAGAAGGAGCGGGAUGCAAUUAUGGAAGAGUUCCGAUCUGGUACAACCCGUGUUCUGAUCACCACAGAUGUCUGGGCCAGAGGAUUGGAUGUUCAACAGGUUUCCUUGGUGAUAAAUUAUGACCUCCCUAAUAACCGUGAACUUUAUAUUCAUCGUAUUGGUCGAUCUGGUCGUUUUGGACGAAAGGGUGUUGCAAUAAAUUUCGUGAAAACUGAUGAUAUUAAGAUUCUAAGAGACAUAGAGCAGUACUACAGUACCCAGAUUGAUGAAAUGCCUAUGAAUGUGGCAGAUUUGAUAUAAUUGCGGAUAGAAGGUCUGAUAAGCUAGGACUUGAAUGACGGUGUGUUUUGCUGGUGGUUGACCUGAAGAGCUGUAGUUUUCCCUGGGUUUUCCGAGUAAUGAGUGUAUCUUUGAUGCUGCAUAACAUUUUUAAGCUGUUUUGAUUUGUUUUGUGGGCUUGAAGGAUAAUCCCAAAUUGUUGUUCUUUAGGAUAGACGUUUUCUGUUCUUAUCGAUUAAAAUUCAUGUUUUAUGCCGACUUUGUUUUGUGAAUAUAGGAUUCUUUAAUUAAGAAGCUUGAUCUUAUCAUA